UGAAUGGAUGGUGCAAUCGGGGAUGCGCCAGCCAGAGAUCUCCCACUAGUUUCACCCAUGAACUCGCUUUCUCCAGCUUUCUCCACCACCAAACACCCUGCUGCAGCCCAACAUCCGGGCUGGAGACCCCCAGAAGUGGAGGAGUGAGUGAAAGUCGGAAUGGAAAUUCGGACUCAUUGCGGAAAAGUGAAAGUCUUCUCGUUUCUCCCUCCAAAUUCUGCCCAUUCCCUCUGAUUUUCUCCCACAAAUCCAAAUAUUAUUCAAAUUCAGCAUCACAACUACUUUGUAUCCAGCAUCGCACAACCACUGUCAUGUUUGUCCACCAUCUGCAUGAGGUGAUUUUAUCCUCCUCGUUCGGGCUGGCUGGUUUUUGGGGGCUGCACGCCUUUCCCCAGUGGCGUUGAGUACAUAAUCUCCAUUUCCUGAUCUUUUGCUCAAAACGGUGGAAUGCCUGGCGCUGGAGAUAACCCCUUCGCUGGAAGAGUUGCCGUCAAAAUCGUGUCGGUUUGUGAUUUGUUAUUGGCAGCCACUCUGCUCUGCUACUACGGCUAUAAGUGGGCCAUGUAUGACGCCAAGGGACCCUUGGCAAAGGGCCCCAUCACAGUAGAGUCAGUGAUCCGAAGUCAAUACCUGCUCAUCUGGAUUGCCGUCAUGGUGUUCCACUCGCUCCAGUUCAUCAUGUCCUUGGUCUUGCUGAGUUCUGCCUAUGACAGGGACGCGGAGGACGCCUUGGGCAAAUGUCAGCUCUGGUGGGGCGUUUCUUCUCUCCUCUUCUGGCUCUUGGCCAUCGAGGCGAUCGGGAUGUUAUACAUGAUUGUGGCCACUACCGGUAUCCAGGCCGUGGCGAUGACCGUCUUCAUUGUUAAGCUAAUAUUCAGACUCACGGCCGUGGUCAAUGUGAGAAAUUUUAUGAAAAACCUGAAGAAGGCUCCACCCACGUCGGUCCAUCAAAUGGUUUACAUUCGAUCCAAAACCAAAGGACCUCCACCCUCAAACUACAUUCGCUACUAGAACACUUUGAUAUUUGCAAUGGAGUAUUCAUAAUUGGCAAAGCUAGACCGGAACUCAGCAUCAUCGUGCCGAAUUAGUUAUUCUAGAGCAAAGAGCUAGCCAAGGAGAAGGAUAGCCAUACGUACAUAUUUAUUAGAGAUGAGCACCUCUGAUGGUUCAGCAAUAAAUAGUAAAGAUUUAAUAAAGUGAGAAAUAAGAGACGAAGAGCAGACCGCAGAUCCAGCCACCCUCUAUGCAAACCAGAUAUCGAGUUUAACACUAGUAUUUUAGAAAUGACAUAACUAAUAAAUAAAUGUAACAAACUAGCUCAGUCGAAACCGUUGUACAAUUAGCGUCCAAUAUUAGCUCGCAGUAAAUAGAACAUGUUGUGUUAUUAUGUUCCGCACUAGGAAAGAAAACAAGAAAUCAGGGUAAAAGAUUGGAAAAAAGACAAAAUAUGCAACUGUAGGCUACAACAAUCUGUAGUAUGUGUACUAUUGUUGUAUGUACAUAAUGUACAUACAACAUAAAUAUUAACUAAAAGCGGAAAUAUAAUGCAAGAAAAUUAUAA